AGGCUUCAGCGGGACAGCUGUGUGGGCUCUGUACGAGUUUUGGGGACCACAGCGACAAAGCAGUGCGAUUUCAGAGGCUUUAGAGCGCGGGGGCUCGCAGUUUUACCAGCAGUGAACGAGAGAACGGGGUUGUUGUGCAUGAAGGAAUAUCAGAGGUUUGCGAGAGCGAAGUGAGACGAAACGAUAGUUUUGCGAAAGCAUAGUGAGACAGAACCGGAGUGUGACAUAGGCAUAAUUUUACACGAGAAAGUGGCAGACGCUUAGACCAUGCAGGUGAACAAUGGCCCUGGCCGCCACCCUGUUUUCAUGGCUCCAUCCAACGGAUCUGCAGGCUACGCCCCAGGCAGGGUUGCACCGGUUCGGUCUCCACCUCCUGCCAAAGCUCCGCCCCCUCCGCCUCUGAAGCCCCCAUCCCUUGCCCCAGCACGCCCCGCAGCCGUUCACCUGCCUGAGGCCCGGAGCUGGAGGGAGCAUGCUCAGAACCAACAGAGGAAGAACGCUUACAUCUGCACUGGAAUCUCCCUCGGGGCUCUCCUCCUCACGCUCAUCCUCGUCCUCAGCCUUACGUCUGGAGACAUCCUGGAUGAGAACUGUCCAGAUCACGACCCGACUCUGAGGACCUGGAACCCAGGGCAGGACCCGAAGAAGGCUGUGGUGGUGGGCAGCGGAGAGCGGUUGCGCCUGGUUGCUUCUGCCACGCUCCAGUCCCUCACUAUCCAGUCAGGAGGGGUGGUGGUUUUUGCAGACAACAAGGACGGCUCAAAGAACAUAACCCUGCGAACGCGGCAUGUUCUCAUUGAGAAUGGGGGUGCCCUCCACAUUGGUGGCCCAAAGUGCCGCUACCGUUCUCGGGUCACUAUCACACUGGUUGGCCGCUCGGAUGACACCUCCAUCCCUGAAGUUCCUGGCUUCGGCCGUAAGUUUGUAGGCGUGCGGGCUGGGGGCACCCUGGAGCUCCAUGGGAUUGAGCGGCCAUCCUGGACCUUCCUAAGCCGCACAGUGCCGGCUUCGGGCCUGGCCACAGGUGGCUACGCUUUCCAGAGGAACUUUAGCAGGGGCAUCAACCUACGAGUGGUGGACCAGGACAGUGGUGCUAUGCUGUUGGCUGAGCGCUUCGACACUCAUGAAUCUUUCAACGACAGCCGGAGGCUCGGCCAGCUGCUGCAGACACUGCCGUCUGGGCGCAUCGUAACGCUGGCUGUAGGAGACUCAGCUGUAAAGAGCCUACUAGAAGAGACUAAAAGGACCAUCCAAGAGCUUCUGGGCAGCACAUAUGUGAACGAUCUAAAAUACAGGCAGGCGUGGGCCCUGGUGGCUGUGUUAGGCGGAGGAAACGGUUCAUGCACCGAGGACACCCGAGAACAUGAGAACCACGACACGGGCGGGAGGGCGCUCGCUCGCCGAGAUUUCGUCACAGUGGACGGCGUACGCUUCUCUGUUGCGGCCUACAGCGAGUGGAGAAACGGUUUCCCUAUAUCAGGGUUCCAGGUGGACGCAGUGGACCAGGUGAUUCUGAACCUGCAGGAUGACAUCAGCAGCUGGAGAGCUGGUGAGCGGAUCGUGAUGGCCAGUACAGACUACUCUAUGCACCAGGCCGAGGAGUUCACCCUACUGCCCUGCCCCCACUGCACCAAGAGGCAGGUCAGAAUACAAGGGAAGCCGCAGUUCACUCACAUGGGCGAGAUUGUGGAUGGAGUGGACAUGCGAGCGGAGGUAGCUCUGCUGUCCAGAAACAUUCUGGUCCAGGGAGAGAUGGAGCGCUCCUGCUACGCUAAAAACUGGUGCCAGUACUUCAGCCACGACACCUUCGGAGGACAUAUCAAGAUCUUGGGUAAUUUCACCUCAGUGCAUCUCUCUCAGGUAGAGCUGAAGCACAUGGGUCAGCAGGCAGUCAGGGGAAGUUACCCCAUCCACUUCCACCUGUGUGGAGACGUUGACCAGCAGGGAGGUUACAACCAGCCAACCUACCUCGAUUCUCUCUCCAUACACCACUCCUUCUCUCGCUGCGUUACCAUCCAUGCCACCAAUGGCCUGCUGGUAAGGGACACUGUUGGCUACGACGCACUGGGACACUGUUUUUUCCUGGAGGACGGGAUCGAGCAGAGGAAUACGUUCUUCCAUAAUCUGGGUUUAGUGACCAAACCAGGCACCCUCCUGCCCACUGACCGCAACGACACCAUGUGCACAGAGAUAAGAGGCCGCGUGUACAAGGGCUACGUUCCCUCACCAGCCACUGAGUGCAAGGCUGUGUCUACAUUUUGGAUCGCCAACCCAAACAAUAACCUAAUCAACAAUGCAGCAGCAGGUUCACAGGAUGCUGGGAUUUGGUACAUCUUCCACAAUGCCUCCACAGGGGACACUCAUGGGCUGGUCCCUGAAACAAGAGCAGAACUCACCCCACUGGGUAUUUUCUACAACAACAGAGUCCACUCCAACUUUAAGGCUGGCCUUUUCAUUGACAAAGGAGUGAAGACCACCAAUGCCACCUCCACGGACCCUCGCGAAUACCUCUGUCUGGACAACAAUGCCAGGUUCCGGCCCCAUGAGGACUCGGACUCUUCCAAGCCGCGAGUGGCUGCUCUGAUUGAUACCCUCAUCUCCUUUAAGAACAAUGACCUGGGCGCCUGGAUUCGUGGAGGUGACAUCAUCAUUAAGAAUUCUGGGUUCGCAGACAACGGCGUUGGACUGUCAUUCGCCAGUGAUGGCAGUUACCCUAAAGACAUCGGCUCCAGUCAGGAGGUGUCCGAGUCCCUGUUUGUGGGGGAGAGCAAGAAUCGUGGCUUUAACGGAGGACAGAAUAAAUACUGGGGUGCUGGAGGAGUGGACAACAAGAUGAGGACAUUACCCAGAAAUAAGACGUUUCCAAUCCGUGGCUUUCAGAUUUAUGAUGGUCCUGUCCGGCUGCUCAGGAGCACAUUUAAAUCUUACACCUCAACGUCUGAACGCUUCACCAGCGCAGUGGGCUUCAACCUGAAAAACGUCUGGCAGCUCACGCCAAGAAACAACUUGUCCAGCCUCUACUUCCUGCCCAGCGUGACUCUUCGGGCAUUUUUUGGGCGGCCAGGUCAGUGGUUUGAGGACAACGAUCUGGAUGGUGAUAAGAACUCAAUUUUCCAUGACCUGGAUGGUUCGGUGAGCGGUUACCCCGACACGUAUGCGGUGAGAGCCGACAACUAUCUGGUCCGCCACCCCGAUUGUGUGAGCAUGCCGCAGUGGAACGGGUGUGUGUGCAGUGGCCACUACGCUCAGGUGUACAUAAAGACUCAGGGCGUGCCCAACCUGAGCCUGUCAAUCAUCAGAGACGAGUACCCCGAUAAGCCUUUGGUGCUGAGAGGCAUCAACAGCCAGGGGGCGCUCUCGCAGCAGUACCAGCCCGUUCUGAUGAUGAGCAAGAGCUACACGCUUCACUGGAACGGCCAGGCGCCCAAAGAGAUUGUCCUGUCGCUCGUCAACUUCAACCUUGGAGACUGGACUCUGUUAGGCCUCUGCUAUCCAUCAGACACGGCCUUCCAGGUGAUAUCGGACUUCUACCAUCGGCAAACCAACGUGUUUGACGGAAUGGAAGACUAUGGCUCCGUCUCCUCUCUGGCCGAGCUGGAAAAACGAGCCAUGGAUAGGAAAUACUUCUUUGACAAGUCUACUGGCCUACUGUGGCUGUACACUCGUGCCCGGCACGGCCGCAGUGGUCACAGUUACUGCUCCGUCCACGGCUGUGAGCGGGUAAAGAUCACAGCCACCACCAGCACCAAACAAACCUGUAACUGCACUGCUGCAACUUACCCCAAAUACAGUCGGACGCCCAGUGCCGCCGUGCCCAUGCCCAAACCGGUCCAGUCCUGCAGCCGCUGCGGAGCCUCCAAGGUGGCCUUCUCAAGUGACCCAUCAAUCAGCUACCUCCAGACCCAGAUUAAACCCCUCAGCGUCGCAGAGGAGCAGAAGAACGACACUCAAGCCUUCAUCACUGUGAACAACGCACAGUAUAACCUCACCAAGAACGGCUUCCUCGUGGUUUCCGCAGAUGCCUGCACUGGCAAAGUCACAAAACAUUCGUUUUUUGCCAAGCUGGACUCCAAAAUGGAGUUGUAUUUCAAAGCUGGGAUCCCAGUACGAUCAAUUGUUCUGCUAGCCUCAAGAGGUCAGCCUGAUGGAUUUGCCAGCGUUGCACAAUAUCUGGUCCCCCUGGGAGCAGCCAAAGUGGCAGAUCUGAAGGGAAAAGGAAGUAUCACCUUCUUCGGCUUCCACGGGUCACCGUCGGCCCAGCCAUGGGCGUCCCUCCAGGUCGGUCAGAGCGAGGAGGCCGUGGGCCUGCAGGAGAGAUACAUCCCCCUCUCCCUGGAGGAGUAUGCCUGCCCUCCACCCACAGAGCAGCCUGCACGCAAAGAUCUAGACCUGCUGAGGAAAGCCCGGAGUUGAAGAAGUGAACCUUUCCCAAAUGUGAACAAGCAUCAUGAUGGACAACACAUUGAAUGUGAAUUAAUGAACUUAAUUUAUUUAUGGCAAAAAAAAAAAAGAAAUUUGGGGCUGGGGUAUUUUAUACAGUGUGCGGGUGGAUGUGUUUGUAUGUGAGAGAGAGAGAGCAAGAGAAUGUGUACGUUUUGUCUCUCUGUUGUUUGUAUUUUGUGUACGGCACCGUCUGCUGCACUUUCACAAAAACUCAAACUUUUACCAGGAAAGAACAAGUGGGAGAAUCAAAGAGCAAAGUUAGGAAAAUUUAUGAUAACAGAACAGUUAACCAGCCAAACCAAACAAGGAAACUAAGAUGAGAUGAAUUUCGUCAGUGGCUUUGUGCUUAGUGUGCAGUCUGUUUCACUUGUAGGUCGCACUGAAUUGAACCUGGAGUUCACGUCUUUUAACUGCACUUGGUGCUGUCUCAGGGCCCUGAUGCACCAAGCCGACUGUUGGCUGUGGUAGACCCUCAGGUCGUCGGUUGGCUCUAGUUGCCUCUUGUCAGUGCUGUGGUCACCCAUGAAACCACCGAGGCUAUUCAUCAGAGACUAGCCUCAUUUUGCAACACCAGUGCUAGUAGCAACUUGGGAUGGACCAAAAUGUCACUGACCAAAAAGGUUCCUGCUGAAAAUGGAGUGGUUUCGGUAUUGAGCAGAUAUUCUGGCUAAAAAAAAGCAAAACACAAAAUAGACAUAAACAAAUGUAGUGUCACAAUCAAACACUUAAUACCAUUUCAAUGCUAAUGAAAAUGAGAAAUUGUUACUAUAAACACUUUUUCUUCGUUGUUCUGUUCUAGUCAGUACAGAUGCGUUCAAACAGCUUGAGCCACAGCAGAUCAACAGCCCGUUUUCUAAUUUGUGAGUUAUUUCGUAGAUUUCACACACAUUUCCUCAAUUUCGUGCAUUUUUGCAGCAGUACUGUAGGGUAGAUGACCGAUACAAUCAGCAAUUCCACCAAAAUAUGCUGAUAAUAAAUCCUGCUAGUAUUUUACUUCCAUGUAAAAUACCAGUUUAUGAUAUUUACCAGAUAUGGUAUGUUUCGUCGCUCAACUCAGUAACUUAGUAACAAAGUAAAGGUCUGUAAAACCACAACUGUGAUACAGACGCCAAUUUCAUGCUGAUGACGCCAAUUUCAUGCUGAUGGGACUACGUCCACCUGGAUAAGCACUACAGGGAAAUCCAACAUUUAUUUCUGUAGGGUGGCAAAAGCAGGAAAGUGAAUAAAAUGCAGACAUUUUGGUUCUGCAACUCAGCAUCACCUAAACAAUCUGCUUUUCUAGAGCUCAACAAAUACAUUGAAUAUCAGUUUGAAAUAUUGUCCAAAGCUAAAAUCUUUUAAGACUUAUAGGACACUAGCAUAUAAGAAAGCUUGCAACUUAAUUAACUUUGGAAAAAAUGUCAUAGUUACGAACAUAUACCAACCGCUCAUUUUAUAUCACUAUGCAAACAUUCACUUUUAUAUAGCCUUUUUACCCACCUAGCACCAAGCUAAUUACGACUUAUGCUCACUUCCGAACACUGUAUUUAUCAUAAACAUGGUCAUUUGAAGUGUGAAAUAUAUUCUAACAGUAUAUAACUUUAUACAUUGCAGUUUUACAGUUUUUCCUGCUGUGCAGAGUCACAUUACAUUCAUGUUGGACACUGUAUGCAACGUUUUCGGGUUCCUAUUUUGACGAGAGGCAGCGUUGAGCUAGCAUCGACCAUAGUUGCCGCUGGUUCUUUCUCAGCUUAGUGUGCCUGGGCCCUUUUAAGAAAUAAAUUGGUGAACAUUCUUACAUAAAUUUCCUCACUUACCUCAGAUGAAACUAGUCAGCUAGCAUACUGUUCUUUGUAAAAAACAACAAGCAUAGCUAACAGCAGCAGUGAAACCAUUUUGAAGCCAUACAUUUGUCCAUUUUUUUAGUCAUACAGUGCCACAAACCACUUCAGCAAGUCUAGUAGAGAUUACUCGACACCUCAGCGUGGUUUGAAGGAAGCGUGUGGUGAUUUGUGCUAUGCUAAUUGGCUACUAGCUUCCAUAACGUGUUAGCUGCAUUAGCCAGUGCUAAAACUAAGGACACAGUCGUCAGACACCAAACAUGUCUUGGCUAAUGGCCUUCCUUUGUGGUAAGGAGUAGAUGUUUCACUGAGCUUUUUCUAUAAGUUGACCCCACAGCUUGCUUAUCCUAGCUUUUUUUUGUACUCCUCUGUGGAGCUUCUGAAGCCAUUCCUGGACUUGAUACCUCUAUAGCGUUCAAGAGUGAGAUCCUUGGGCUAAAUGAGUCAUUACGCUUCAUAUUUAAUACUUCUUUUUCAUGGUGUCAUUUCACGUUAGAGAUCUAGCAUUGCUAACAUCCAUAAAACCAUGGCUGCUUACACCAUGUAAAGUCACUUUCUGUACCAUUUUAUAACGUUAAGCAUAUGCUGGAUCAUAAGCAUCUGUUUUAUGGAAUUUUCUGCAUUGUACAGUGCAAAACUCACCGUGGCUGUCCACAAUGCAGGUAUUUGACUAGAAUGCCACUUAAACCAAAUGCCUUUUAUAAUGUGUGUGUAUAUACGACAGUGGGGAGCAAAAAGUUAUGCCAAAGAUGGAAGUAGUAAGUCAUUUUUUUUGGGCUGUAGACCUUAACAGCUUUUUUGCCAACACAACUGAACAGGUAGUUCUGAUGUACUUUAGGGGUUAAACGAAAUGCCAAAUUGUGUGUUCUCUUGAAGGGGAAUUCCACCAGUUUUUUUCAUAAUUCUAGCAUAAUUCUUGCGCUGUGAUGUUAAACGUCAUUCAGAUUGGUUUGAUGUGAAGUGGUUCAGUGUAGAGAAACUGACUGAUUUCUUUACAGUGGUGGUGAUGGGAACCAAGGGUCACAACAUCUACAACACAAAUGUAGCCAUUUUAUUUGCUGUUCAAAUUGAAGAGUGAACCUACAUGUCUAUGCUGAUGAAGGUAGAAUAGUGAGGCAUUUGAAAAAGUACAUUUUCCUUAAGGAAUAUUUCACCUCACAAUGUCUUGCAUGUACCCUUAGGCUAAGAAUAUCUUUAGGAAAAUUCAGUUUCAGUCCAAAACUAUUAUAAAACAGUGUUUCAGGCAUCAUAUUUAUAAGGUUUUCGUGUAAUAUUCUUCUGUGAGGGAGCUUUUAGAGGCAGUAAACUCUUCAGACAUCUGGUUCCCAUCACUACCACUGGGAACAAUUCCUUGAGUCUAGAACAGAACUGAUUUCCCAACAGACCACUCUGAGUGAGUUCGUUCACAUCUUUAAAUUGAAUUUUGCAGAUGUUACAACAAAAAACAGUGGAAUUUCCAUUUAAAGACUUGUUUGUUAACCACUGUACUGUAAAAAGAGAUUUGUCGUAGACAUUGCUGAAGUCAGAUUGUGUUGGCUGUGUUGGGGGAGUGUUGCAAAAGAUGUAAAAGGGCUUGUUAUCAGUAAGCAAGUGCCUUUCUACUUUUUUAUAUUUGUUCAAUUAGUAAUUUUCUGUUUUCUGUAGUAAAGCUUUUGUGCUGAGAUUUGAUAUUUGGUGUUGAGUGAUAAAACAUUUAUACUUUGUGAUAAA